CCUUGUUGACCCUCCGUCCCUUCCCUCUGCAGCAUGUCCCAGGAUUUGUCAGAGGCCGUGAAGGAGGCCACCAGAGAGGUACACAGCCAGGCGGAGAAUUCUGAGUUCAUGAAGAACUUUCAGAAGGGUCAGGUGACCCGAGAAGGCUUUAAGCUGCUGAUGGCCUCCCUGUACCACGUCUACGCGGCCCUGGAGGAGGAGAUCGAGCACAACAAGCAGAACCUGGUCUACGCCCCCCUGUACUUCCCGGAGGAGCUGCACCGCAGGGCCGCCCUGGAGCAGGACAUGGCCUUCUGGUACGGGCCGCGCUGGCAGGAGGUGAUCCCCUACACGCAGGCCACCGGGCACUACGUGAGGCGACUACGAGAGGUCGGGCGCCUGGAACCCGAGCUGCUGGUGGCCCACGCCUACACCCGUUACCUGGGCGACCUGUCGGGGGGCCAGGUCCUCAAGAAGAUCGCUCAGAAGGCCCUGGACCUGCCCGGCUCCGGCGAGGGUGUGGCCUUUUUCACCUUCCCCAACGUCGUCAGUGCCACCAAGUUUAAGCAGCUCUAUCGCUCGCGCAUGAACUCCCUGGAGAUGACCCCCGAGGUCCGGCAGAGGGUGAUCGAAGAGGUCAAGGCCUCGUUCCUGCUCAACAUUCAGCUGUUUGAGGAGUUGCAGGAGCUGCUGACACGGAACACCAAGGACCAGAGCCCCACGAAGGCACCAGGGCUCCACCGGCAGGAGGGCAGCAGGGCGCAAGACUCUACUCCCACGGAGACCCCCGGGGGGAAGCUCCCUCUCAACAUCCUCUCCCAGGUGCCGCUCGUCCAGUGGGUCCUCACGCUCAGCUUUUUGGUGGCGACGGUGGCCGUGGGGCUCUACGCCAUGUGAAUGCCAGCGUGCUGGCUCCUGGGAGCCGUGAACUCUCGCCAACGGAAGGCCUCUUUCUGGAGAGGGAGAAUCUCUUGGCUGGCUUCCUUACCUUGGGCACGGGGGCUGUCGGGCCCCCACCCUCUCCCUGCGUCCCUCUCUCUCUGGAAAGCAAGGAGCCUGUGGCGGCUUCCCCAGCCAAAAGCGCAGCCAGCUGCAUGAUCUGAACUUUUGAAGCGGGCCGAGGGGUCCCGCCAGCCCCUCAGCGUCCCCGUUCCUGCAGCAGAGCCCAGAAGACGUGGCCCGCGGAGGUAGCUCUCCUCACCUCCAGAUGCCCUGGGUUCACGGUCUCCUCGCUGACGUGCUGUGCCCGCUGUGACCGCGGCCCAUGGCAGUUUUUACAUAAAUGUGCAAAGAUCUUGUGUCUCGUGUGUCUGUCUUGUUUUUGUUGGAGCCACUUUUUGUUCCCGGCUCAGCCUGAACU